AUGGAAGGUGUGCUUAAUUUCUCUCUUUCUUCUUCUGAUAUGGGUGAUCAAACAAGAACCACGAAACAUUUGAUGGCUCAUCAUCUCCUCUUUAUCUUCACCUUGUUUUUCUUUGGAAUUUUCUCUGUGAAUCAUGCAUGCAACCAAAUAGACAAAAAAUCCCUCUUCUCCUUACCCUUCAAUACAUCUUCUCCACCAUUGAAUUGGUCUUCCAUUGAUUGUUGCUAUUGGGAAGGUAUUUCUUGUGAUCAAAACCAUAAGGUCACCCGUAUUUGGUUACCCUCUAGGCACCUCAAGGGGAGUAUAUCCCCCUUUUUUGGAAACCUCACACAUCUCAUUCACCUCAAUCUCUCCCACAAUUCACUUUCAGAAGCUCUUCCUACUAGAUUCUUUUCAUCCUUGAAUCAACUCAAGAUCCUUGAUUUGAGCUACAACUAUUUGGGUGGAGAUAUAUCAUUGAUGUUUUCAUCUAGUGGCUCUUUUACUGGUUGGCCAACCUCCAUUCAAAUGCUUGACAUGUCAAGCAAUAACUUCAGUGGGACAAUGCAAUCUUCAUUCCUCCAGGGAGCAUGGAACUUGAUCAAGCUCAAUGUCAGCAACAAUAGUUUCACGGGCCCUAUUCCUUCCUCUUUUUGCAUCAAUUCUCCAUUUGUCAGGCUCCUCGAUUUCUCUCACAAUGAUUAUAGUGGCCAAAUUCCUAACGGACUAGGAAGAUGUUCUAAACUAAAGGUUUUUCGAGCAGGUUUUAACUCUAUUUCUGGACUGCUCUCUCAUGAUAUAUACAGUGCAAUAGGGUUGGAAGAAAUCUCCUUGCCUUUCAAUAAUCUUUCAGGAUCCAUUAGCAAUGACAUCCUGAACCUUACUAAACUCACCAACCUUGAGUUAUCUGGCAACAAAUUGAGCGGCAAACUGCCUGUGAAUAUCGGAAAGCUCUCCAAAUUAAAGCAUCUACUCCUUCAUAUGAACUUCUUAACAGGUUCUCUACCCCCAUCUUUGAUGAAUUGCACUAAUCUCACAAAAUUGAAUCUUUGGUUCAAUUUCUUUGAAGGAAAUAUCUCCACCUUUAAUUUCUCCAGCUUUCGUCAACUUUCUAUACUUGACUUGGGGAAAAAUAGCUUCACAGGUAGCUUGCCAAUAAGCCUUUACUCAUGCAAGUCCCUAAGGGCAAUUCGACUUGCCCGAAACCAACUAAAGGGACAAAUCUUACCUCAGGUGAUUCAAUUGAAAUUCUUAUCUUUCCUUUCCCUUGGUAGCAAUGGUCUAACCAAUAUAACAGGGGCAAUCAAGAAUUUGAUGGGUUGCAAGAAUCUCAGCAUAUUAAUCCUUGCAGACAAUUUUUGGCAAGAGGCAAUGCCAGCUGAUGAUAGAAUAAUUGGUUUGGAUGGAUUUGAAAAUCUUCGACUUUUGGGUCUUUCUCAUUGCCAACUCACCGGUCAAUUUCCUAUAUGGCUAACUAAGCUUAAGAAGCUACAAGUCUUGGAUCUAAGUCACAAUCGCAUCACAGGUUCAAUUCCCAGUUCGUUGUCGACUCUUCCAAGACUCUUCUUGUUAGAAUUGUCUAAUAAUCUCAUUUCAGGUGAAUUCCCAAAGGAACUUUGUGGAUUGCCAGCAUUGGUAUUAGAACAAGAUAGAGCUCUAAUAGACCAUCAUAAUCUAGAGUUACCUCUCUUUCUCUACUUAAAUGGUAUCUAUAGCCAGUACAAUAUUCUCACCAACAUGCCACCAACAAUAUCGGUCGGAAACAACAGUCUUAGCGGCAACAUCCCAGUUGAGAUUGGUCAUCUGCAGUUGCUUCAUAUUCUGAGUCUUGGCCAUAACAACUUCUCAGGCGAAAUUUCAGACCAAAUAUCUAGUCUCUCAAGCUUGGAAAGACUGGAUCUCUCUGUAAAUCACUUGUCUGGUGAAAUACCAACAUCAUUAGCUAGUCUACAUUUCUUGUCUCAGUUUAGCAUUGCAAGCAAUAAUUUGCAUGGACCAAUACCAUUAGGCACUCAGCUUUUGAGCUUUGGUGCCUCUGCAUAUGAAGGCAACCCAGGACUUUGUGGCCCCCCACUUCCAAAUGGGUGUGCCAAUAUUGUUAGCAACAACGUUGACGAGGACGUUCAGGAUGAUGAAGAUUGGCUUGGAAUGCCAUGGUUUCCUGUCAGUGUGGUUCUUGGCUUUUUUACGGGCUUUUGGGGAGUCUUGGGUCCUUUACUUUUUAGCUACAAUUGGAGAGUUGCAUAUUUCCAGUUCCUGGACAACGUAAAAAAGAGGCUCUAUGUCACACUAGGAAUGUGUUUGACUGGAUUGCACAGAAGGUUAUGA